AUGCAGUCGUUUCCAGUGUUAAUUUUCGUUGGUAUGGUAGCACUGAUCGUUGGCACUGCUACACAAAAGGAUUCCGAACGUUUUAUAAUCACUGGUAAUAAGAUUGAAAGUGCUGCUACAAACAUACAUAACGAACAAAUUGCAGCAACUAAUAUGGGCCGGUUUCGAUAUCAAGGUGGUGAAGUCACUCUAUUUCAAAAUCAACUCAAGCCAUCCGACUUUUUUUUUACACCGUUUCCACAUAUCGAACCGAAUCUAACUGACUGUAACGACAAUGAAUUCAGCGGUUACACCGAACUUACCUUGGUUGUUUCGCUCUAUACUACAAAUUUACUCGAAGCCGUUGAGCAUGAUAUUAAAAAAAAACAUCAAGAUAAAUGUGAUACUCAACACUGUAAAGUUUCACUUUUGCCAAUGCAUUCCAUCCGUCUCAUUCAUAAAGGGCGUCAAUCACCUGAGUCUCAAAAAAAAUACACUCUGGCUGGUGAAUGGCAUAGUAAUACACAACUUCGACAAGCAGUUGAAUUUAUUAUCUACACAUCUAAUAUGUCUGUUUGUCAAAGCUUGAAAAAUUCAAUUACCUCACGUUGUAGUUUAUCGAAUUUUGAAGUUCAGUACUCAUUACAAGGUCAACAGACAGCAGCUCGAACUCUUGAAGUGACCACCGAACAUGUAACGAAAACGUCGAUGUUCAAUAAAAUAAAGUCUCAAUUACCUUCAAAUGCUCAAGACACAAUUGCUUUGACUGGUGAUGACUAUAAAGAUCUUUUGAGUGAAACCAUGGAUCAAAUUACAAUGAAUUUACGAGUUGAAGAAGGUUUUGAAAGCAUACAAGAUUCAAUUGCAAUCGAUCAAAUGCUUGAUCGUCAACUGCAGGACAAGCACGCUAAAUUGACAACAGCAAACGAUCACAUGUGGGAUUCGCUGUAUUGGACACCUGAAUUAACACGACCCGAUCGGUUAUCGAAAGUACUAAAUAAAGUUAUAAAACAAGAUGCUACAGAUUCGGAUAAAUUUCGCUACGAUUAUUCACAGGCAGAUGAAGCUAUAAAACAAAAUUUAAAACUUGACGAACGACAAAAGCUUGAAAAUUUUCAAAAACAUUUGGCGGCACAAUCUAGAAAUACAACACAUACAAGCGAUGUUGAUACGCAUGUCGGCUAUGAAUCAGGCGGCAGUUUUGCCGGCAUAGCCUCGGGAAAUAUGAAAUUCAAUACAGACGUUAGUGUUUAUAAUCAAAAUACAGACAGCAGAAGUGAAGAAUUAUUAGUUUUUAAAUAA